UAAAACUGAGCACAAGAAAAUAUUCGUUCGUGCCACGUUCUGGCGUCCUGGUGUCCUCAUGUCCUGCUGGUGGUCGAAAAUGAGAGAACGACAUGCCGCAAGUGUUGCAAAACUUUCUUAUAUACUAUUUGUUGAUUUUACAAAACUGCGUUGGGGCACGCACCCAGCCAGAGAUCGACAGGCGUGAUGGAUUAGCAAAGUUUCAGUUUAACGGCGAACAGCAGCCAGCAAAGGUCGCCGACAAUGGCAGCAGUGGCCCAGUCCCAGCCCCAGAUACCCUGCAUGUUUUUAAUUUUGCAAAAAUCUAUGAAACUUUAUACGCGCAACUGAUGCAGCCAGCAGCUGAGCAGCAGGAGGAGAAGCCCGAAGUGCAGUUGCGUCAGGGUCGUGGGCUGCGGCGAACACAAGCGCAGCUGUUAUGGAUGCCAGAGAGCCAGGCAACAUCUACGACACCGAAGCCCUUUCACGUGCUGCAGCAACUGCAGCUGGAGCUGGAUGAGCAGCUCAAGCACAGCACCACAGCGAAGCCAUUUAGCGUGCUGGAGCAGUUGACGCUGGAGCAGCUGAAGCUCUUGCAACAGAAACGGCCAAAUAGCAGUUUUAGCAUAUUGCAGCAGCUGCAACUGGAGCAGGAGAAGCAGCUGAACAAAACCAGCACAGUGCAGCCAUUCAAUGUGUUCGAGCAGCUGGACCAGGACCUGCAGGAGCAUGAGAAGCACGAGCACACGGAGCCGGUCAGUUCCUUUGAGAUCGUUCAGCUCUCCACGCCAGAGCCGCUGGAGCAGCACAAGAGCAGCGAUAAGGCGCCAGUGGAGUCAUCUCGCGCCGGGGAUAGCCAAAAGCGGAAACGCAAACGAAUUCGGCGUCGUCGCAAGCGAAUUCGCCGUCGACGCAAGCGGAAGCGUCGUCGUGGCAAGAAGAAGCGCAAGAAGAAGCGCAACAAGAAGAAAAAGAAGAAGAAUAAGAAGGAAAAGAAGAAGAAGAGGCGCAACAAGAAGAAACCCACUUACGAACAUCAACCGCUGGGCCAGCCGGCGCAUCUCGUCUAUGCAAAUCCCACCAAGCAGCCGUACCACUCCCAUCACCACGAUCCCUACCCACAUGGGCAACAGCCACAGCCGGCAGUUGGGUCAACCACCAUACUGCAAGUGGUCACCACCAAACGUCCGGCGACGACUAAAGCGCCCUUUAGCAAAAUCAAAUAUCUGCUGCGCCACAAUACCUUGUUCAAGAGGAAGAAGAAGGAGUGGUUCAGCCAUGUGGGUCACGUUCUGUAUCCGUUCAUCAAAUUCGUGGCAUUCUUCACCGUUCUGAAUCCUUUUACACUGGGCGUCUUUCUCUUCACCUUGAUCUCACCUUUCGUCUUCGGCUUCUUGGGCUUUCUUCUACUGAGUGUCCUGGUGAAGCCGUUCCUGCACAUCGUCUUUGGCAUCAAGGCCAAUGUGGAAAGCAUCGAUCGUAAGCGCUAUCUGGCCAACAAGCGCGCUGAGCAGCUCAAGCUCAAUCUGCGUCCAGUCACCAUACAUAAGCACUACUACCAGCAGAAGCCGCUACACUCGACACCGCCGCGUCACCAUCCGCCGCUCGUGAAUUGGCGACGUCAAGGCCCACAGCCCGAGCAGCGUCAUCGGAAUCCUCUACAAUCUGCCGAGCGUCGCUACAAUCCCUUGCUACCCUCGGUACGCGCAGCUCUGGCUCGCGAUGAUCUGCAUUUUUAGUUCGUAAGCACGAUUUGUAAAUAAACUUUUAUA